AUGCGCCCCGCGGAUGUCUUCACCCCUCUCGUGCACAGCGAGAAAUGAGGGGCGCAUGAAAUACGAAUGCGUCAUGUGCAUAGGUGUGAAGGUUGCCGCGGGCGAGCAGCUGAAGCUGCAACAUCAACGCUGCUGCAUAAAAGGCUAAUGCCCCGGGAAAAGUGGAGGCCGACCUGCCAUCGAAGUGCAAGUGGCAUGAGUGGCAGGAUGGAUGUGGAAUUCCUUGACCUCGCCACUCGGCUCAAGUGUCUGGAUGGCGAUAGACUUGUCAUAGGCACGGGCACCUCUUAUCCCAUGAUGCUAAUUGCCAUUGCCCAGCUAAUUGCCGGCAAUUCUGGUCUGGCUUUGGGUCUCAGUGCGUCCGUUGUCCGCGGCUGUGCCAUAAUUUAUCAAUUUCUGUAA